AUGGAUGAUACUGGAUCUUGGUUCCUGGACGGUGACUUCAAAGCUUGGCUGGACGGUGGUGCAGGCUCCCCAAGAAUCCUCUUGCUCCGCGGUAAAUCUGGUUCCGGGAAAACGACAUUGCAUGCCGCUGCAGUCGACCAACUCAAGUUCCAACAACAAGAAAGUCCUAAUACCGGAUUCGCGUUCUUCUACUGUUCAUUUGACGAUAGAGAGUCGCAACAGCCUCUCAAUAUCAUUUCGUCUAUCUUAUAUCAGCUUUCUGAAAAGCAUCCUGAAGCCCUAGAAAGUAUCGAUCAAUUGCGCAAGUCCGGAGAAGUCUUGGGCGAGAGUGCCAUACUCAAACUAAUCUCGGAACACUUGUCACAUUUUGACAAAUUCUACAUAUCAGUUGACGCAAUUAACGAGAGUUUUAGGUGCAUUGAAGUAUUUGAGAUGCUUGCGCAAAUCGUUACCGAUAACCCAAACGUGCGGCUGUUUCGGUACGCCCAAUGUCAACUCGACACCCUCAGCAGCCUCCGAACAGCAAAGAUGGUUUUCAACGCCCUAUAUGACCUCCCAAAGGAUAUUUACGGAGUAUACGAAAAGAUUCUGCUUAGCAUCCCCAAAGCAGAUAGGCUCCUUGCCAAAAAGUCGCUUUUCUUCUUGUCCGUAGCUUUACGACCACUCGCGAUACAAGAACUAGCAGAAGCCGCAGUUCUAGACGAUUAUAAUGCACGCAUCAAUGACGAGUACAGACUGCCCGAACCUAUAGUUUUACUAGAGAUCUGCCAAGGCCUUGUGGAUUAUGACACAGCAACAGGCGUGGUAACGUUAGCCCAUUCGUCAGUUCGGGCGUAUAUCACCUCGAGUCACACACGUGAAGGAGAUAUUGCCUGGUUUAGCUACGACAUCCCUGGCAUCCAUGCCAAUAUCGCCAAUAAGUGCCUAUCGUAUCUCCUUCUCGAAGAUUUCCAAGACGGCUGCUGCACCAACGAUGUGCUUGAUAAGAGAUUCGAGGAUUAUCCUCUUCUUCGUUACGCCUCUCAAUAUUGGCCACUUCACUCAAGGCUUUCUCACCGCGAAGGGCGCCAAGAGACAUCUGCUUUAUUAUUAUUUUGUCUAAGUCAUAAGAAAGCUGGUGGAGGUAACUUUAGCUUUUGGGUUCAGUGCCUGAUGCCCUACACAUCAAGGGACACUAUCAUAGCGAGCGAGCCUCUGUACUACGCUUCUUCCUUCGGGCUUACUGAUCUCGUCAAAAGUCUGCUGACGUCUGAGGGUGUAGAUGUCGACGCUCGGGGUGGCCGUUACAAAUCCAGCGCGUUGCAUGUAGCAUGCUACAGGGGCCAUGCUGAGAUAGCUCGCCAGCUGCUCGAAUGCGGCGCCGAUAUCAGCCUCCUUGAUAGUGAUGGACGCACCGCGUUAUUCUGGGCAGAAAAGCUGGGGCGAAGUGAUAUCGUCGAUCUUUUGCAGGAUCCCAAAGUAUAUGGACUAUCCGAUGUGGUUCUGCUGUGCUUGUAA